AUGACUUCAAAUGGCUCCCAGGUCGCGGCGGACGACCACCAGCGUCGCCGCCGGAAGGAAGCUCUACGCCAACGGAAAAACAACAAGGGACCUAUAUCUUCUCGAUUGAUGCUUGAUAUUCGUCUAAAAGGCGAAGUCGGGGUUAUUUCAGAUGAGCUACUGGUAGACUUGUUUCCCCGUCGAGGCUCUCAUGAUGUCGAACUCUUCCCUGAGAUAAUCUAUGUCGCCUUGGCCCCCUGGGUGCCUAACUUCACAACCGUUGAAGAUGUUCAGUGGACUAUUGUCCCAGUCCACACGCAGGCCAGCGAAAAGGCGAAAGCUUCCUUCAUCUCAGGCGCUGCGAUUCACUUCCCUGUUGCCGCCAGCUCAAUUCAACCUUUCAUUCAAGUGCUGCAAGGCAGCGAUCCCUCCCGGUCCUCCUUCCUGCUAGCCCAGCGUGGAAUUGAGAUUCAUAUCGUUGAUGUCACGCCACUACAUUUGGACACU